AUGCCGACUCGCUCGGCAUCCGCUCAGGCAUGUGAAGCUUGCGCCCUUCGCCACAAACCACCGAGCAAGUGGUUGACACGAUGCAGGGCUGUAUAUAAGGAUGCGUUCUGCAUCAGUGGACACGACCAGCGCAACUUCCGCAUCAUGUCAGGCUCCCAUUCUGAACAAGUGCGCCAGAAAUCUACACAUCCACUAUUGGACCUAUGUGGGGAACUCGGUUGGGAAUUCUAUAAAAUCCUCCCUGUUCCGAACAGCCCACAGAAACAGCCGCCACCGAGCCAGACGAGGAAGAAAGGACAGCCCACACAAAGGCUAACCAAGAUCGACGAGAUAGAGAUACCCCCACCCAAUGCGUCAAGGGCCCAUGUACCAACGCCCCUGUACGCAGAUAUUUGCACGCCCACGGGACGGAAAGCCCCACUCCCAUGUCGAGAUGAACCCGAAAGGUUGGGCGCCCAUAUAACCGUUAACGUAGACGGGAUCUGGGUGGUGGAUGAUAGGGAGGAAGAUUAA